ACCAUCCACCAUCCGUCUCUUCGCCACUUCCAACAAUGGCGGCAUACUAUAAGCCGCCGUCUGCCAGGGUAUCCAUUAGCACAUCACAACGACCGCCAGGAGAGAGCUCGUCAUCGCAUCCGUACCGGCCAUCCUCAGAGGUCGAGGAACAGUCCAUCUACAUCUUUCCUGUCCCGUCUUCCGUUCCUUCAAGCCCUGGAGGCUCUUCCGUAUUUUCAGCACCCUCAGAUCUCGGCGACAAUUUGACCAUAAGCUCAGUCGGUCGAUCCCGCCACAGCAGUAUCAGCUCUCAAUUCACGGACUCGUCGAGGGGUCACGAUGGGUCUACGACAAGACUGUCGUAUGUUGAUGAGGAUGAGGAAGCAGUAUUCAGCCCGAUUGUAGAUGUCGGGUUAGACUCGGAGGUUGAGGUAUGGGAGUGGACAGAGACGGAAGGUGGUGACGAUCUCCCCGGUACGGAUGGGUCCUGGUACUUCGCGGCAAGUGGGUCUGCAGAUACACUUCCUGUGAGGGAAGGCGGCCUUCUCAGACGCUCCAGCACAUCAAGAACAGUGCUUCGACACGACUCUAGAGCAAUGCACCCGCGUCCAACGUACAUGCGUUCACGAACGCAGUCGAAUACCAGUGCGCAUUCCUCUCACGCGUCAAGAUACACUCCUCAACCACGAAUUCGGGUCCCUCUGCUCUCUUUCGUCACGUCUUUUUUCUCUCUCGACCUAGACGACCCUGCUCUUCGUCUUCUCACACACUCCACUCCAGAGUCUAUAUUAUUUCCAGGCCAGGCGAGCCUCCUGCACGACGCGUCUGGGCCCGGCUCGUCAGCGCCUCUACGCGGUGCAUGCCCAUCAGAAGAGGAUAAAGCAGUCAGCGGUCCUCCAUCGGAAGAAGACGAACUUCACGGAUUGUUACGUCUUCUCACUGACGGCUCCAACUCGAAGAGCGUGCGAGACGGCCUCGCAGCAGUCUGCGAGUCACCUCUUGCAUUAGCGGCGAGCCCAUUUGCACUUCCUGGUUGGAGCUCAUUGACGAGCCUCUGCCUGUUUGUUGGGGACGUAUGGACAAACGGAGGGCGAGCAUGGAGGGAGUUCGGAGCCUCAGAGGUUGAACCCGACGCAAGGUGACCGGUAGUUAUUUGUCAUGCAGCCCUAAGCCUCAUCUUCAUUGACUCGAUUAUCGCAAUAUUGCUUUCCGUCAUCGCUCAAGUGCAACAGGUCUUCAUAAAUUAUUGCUACACCCGUCCUCCUCACCACAUCACAAUAUGUAUAGAAGCACCCGUUGUAGUACGUUUAGUCCUCUGUAGUUUAUCUGGUACUCUAGUCGCAUCACGCACGUACUACAUCUUGACCAUAACAC